GACUGGAGACCCAGACGAAUAGAGAAAUAGGCUACCUGUUCAUGGAAAUCAAACGGUGAUCUCUUAUUGUUUGAGAGCCGGACGAGAUGUAGGAUAACGGUUGGCUUUGUCUGUAAACUGGAGCAAUGACCACCACCAUCACAAUACCUGCGAGGGGUCAAGGAUUGGACAGGUGUGUUACCUGUGGAGCGCGUGGAGGGGCUAGCAGAUGUGCAGCCUGGAGUUUAGACUGAUCGGUCCCCCACACCUCUUUGCCUGUGUGUUAGCCCCACAUGGAUGCUAUACCUGGUUGGAACACAAAGCACAUGUAAGCAUGCCUGCCUCUCCGAGCCACCACCUUGCCUGUGUCCUCACCUCGGCUUCCCCCUGAGACCCAGGCUCCACCUGAAAAUGUUAUUCGGUCGGCCCAUUCUAACCGGAGCACCAUGGUGAGAUGACCAACCGCUCGGUAAUCUUCCAGACCUCAUUCUAUGCGUCUUUGUUGGACACACAAGAUUGGUCUGCCUGCGCUCGGGGUUUCCUUUGUAACAAAGGGUUUACGCAGAGCGCCCGGAGUUUGGCUGUGGGGGUUGGCAUCUCUUUGUUGUAUAGAUGGCAGCGGGACCAGAGCGGCCGGUGGCGGAGGCGCAGCCGCAGGACCGGGAACAACCGCCACCGGAGAAUGGCUUCAUGCCGCUGGAGCAGACACAGGCACCUAGACUCCUGCCGCACGUCGACGGCUCGGUACUACCGUCUCUCGGGGGAUUUGGGAAACACCAAAAACAGCUCGUUGUUCUGACGUGGAUACCGGCUUUAUUUAUCGGAUUUAGCCAGUUUUCGGAUUAUUUCCUUUUGGCGCAACCAAAAGGCACGUGCGUGCAGCCUCUUGUUAAUGGAAGUAAUUGGACUGUUGGUUCUUCAAAGUUACCGGUGACCGCCACGAACGGAGACAUUGGUCAACCCGUGCCUUACAGCGGCGGCAUGGAGUGCGAGUGCAAGGAGUGGAAACUCGAGCUGCAGACGGGACUCAGUCAGAACGUGGUUACCAAGUGGAACUUGGUGUGUGAUUCAGCCUGGAAGGUUCACAUCGCUAAGUUCUCUUUCCUAGUGGGAUCUAUCUUCGGCUACCUGGUGAUGGGAGUCGUAGCCGACUGGUUCGGUCGUCAACCUGUUCUGAUCGUCUCGGUGCUGUUCAUGUUGGUGUUUGGUUUGAGCGUAGCGUUCUCCUUCAACGUGACUAUGUUCAGCACACUGCGUUUCUUUGAGGGUUUCUGUCUAGCUGGCCUCACUCUCUCCCUCUACAUACUGAGGAUUGAGCUGUGCCUGCCAGGCUGGCGUUUUUCCAUGACCAUGGUGGCCAGUUUCCUCAUGGUGGGCGGUCAGCUGGUAAUGCCCGGGGUGGCUGCUCUGUGUCGUGAUUGGCCGGACCAGGAUGACUGGCAGGUCCUGCAGAUCAUGAUCAUCUGCCCCUUCAUCCUGAUGCUGCCCUACGUCUGGAUCUUCCCAGAGUCUCUGCGUUGGCUCCUGGCCACCCAGCACUACGGCUGCUCUAAAGCCAUGAUGCUCCGCAUCGCCAGGAAGAACCAGGUCGACAUAACAACUGAACCCAGCGGUAUUCUAGCAGAACUGGAACAUGAGCUGCAUAAGAAGCCAAAGAGGACCUGCAUCAUCAAGAUGACCAGCACCAGAAACUUUUGGAAGAACAUCGUGGUGCUCUGUGUCAACUCAUUGACGGGGUACGGUAUCCACCACUGUUUUGCCCGCAGUAUGAUGGACCCAGAGGCCCCUGUAUCGGCCAUGUUUAAUGCCGACUACUACACCAUGGCCGGCAUCGCCGUAGCAACCUGCCUGGCACUGUGCCCGGCCGUGGCGUUCAUGGGACGUCGGGGCGGACUCCUCACCUUCAUGAUCAUCACCGCCCUGGCAUCACUGCUGCAGCUGGGCCUGCUAAACUUGAUUGGGAAGUACAGCCUUCGCCAUGACACAGUUCUGAGGGACACACUAAACAGGAAGUUCUCGGUGGCAUUCUCCAUCAUCGGAAUGUUCUCCUCUCACGCCGUCAGCACCCUCAGCAUCUUCUUCUGCGCUGAGAUCACUCCCACCGUCAUCAGGGGUGGUGGUCUGGGUCUGGUCCUGGCCAGUGCUGGUUUCGGCAUGCUGACGGCCCCUAUCAUGGAGCUUCACAACCAGAAGGGCUACUUCCUGCACCACAUGAUCUUCGCCGCCUGCACCCUGCUGUGUAUCAUCUGCCUGCUACUGCUGCCUGAGCCGCGCAACCAACCCCUGCCAGAGAGCCUCGUGGACGGGGAGAGCUACACCCGCCAGCCCCUGCUCAUCCACCGGCCUGGAGAACAGCACCUCCUUCUCACCAAGCCUGGGGAUAGGGACUUAUACUCCCGCGUCCGUGAUACGCCGCUGCGUCUCACGGCCACCGGGGGCGCCACAGCAGCAGCUGCUACUGCUCUUGCAGCAGUGCCUACGUCUUUUGCGUACGCUACCGGAGGAGAGGUGAUCAGUAAUAGUAUGGUGGUGAAUGGCGUGGGAGGGUCAUUGUAGCAGCAAACACCCCACCCCCUGACACACACAGACCGAGGAUAGGACAAGACUGUGCUGUGGGGAUAUCUUGAACUGUCCCACUCCUGGUCACUAUCAUGACUGGUCUGAUUCAUUCAGUCCUGCUGGUAAGAUUCUUCCAUGAGGAACUCUUUCAUUUUUUUAAACUUUAAAAAACCUUCCGUUUGGUUUAAUCGAGAAAUGAUGACCCUCUCAUUAUCACCCUCAGACACUCAAUAUGAUUUAUUAAUAUGAUUUCUGAAGUAUUUGAGGGCCUGCAAUAGAACAGGAUAUUCUUGAAACGAACGAUGGAGUUAUUCACACACCUGUGUAUGUCUUUGCAAUGAACAGAAACUCAUUACAAUGACUUACAUCUAUUUGUGCCCAUAGGGUAGUUGUUGCCACGGGUUGGCAGUGUGUCUAUGGGUACCAUGGUCCCAUGCUGGGGAGGGAUGUCAUGGUGUCAGUUGUACGUUAUAAGCAGAGUGGUGUACUCUAAAGACAUAGAGAGACACAUAUAGAGCAGCAGAGCAGACAUGUUUCAUUUGAAAUGUCUUUCAACGGUGAUGUGUGCUCUAUGCAUUUCAAAUUCUAUUAGCGUAACUUUUUUGCACUAAAAUUCAAAGUUCAAUCAAAUGUAAUCAAAAUGUGCCAGUCAGCUCAUUUGAGACACUGGUUUUGGGUGAAACUGCUGCACUCUAAGUGUAAUAAAAGGAGAGGUCAGGCCUAUAUACUGAAGCCUACUUGAUGGGUUCAAUUGUGAAUUUCUGCCUCCACCCCCCUGUCAAAAGUCCAAGUUGGCACUUUAUCCUUAGUAGUAGUAUAAUCAAUGUAAAUACUUAAGAAAACUGAGAAUUGCAGCCCCUAUUAAAUGUUGGUGAAUGACAGCCGGAAACCUAAGGAAACUGUGAUGGCUUAGGAAAUGAGUUUGGACUUUGAAUCUUUUUGUGUUUUUAUUUCCAUAUUCUAUGGAAAAAUCAAAGGCAUCGAGUGUUGAGUGGACAAUACUAAUGUCCAGUUAGUUAGUAGUGUGUCUGCGUCCCAAAUAGCAGUCUAUUCCUUACAUAGUUCACUACUUUUGACCUUUGACCAGAGCACUAUGGGCCCUGGUCAAAAGCAGUGCACUACAUAGGGAAUAGAGUGCUAUUUGGGAUGCAGACUGUCUACUGCUACCACUAUGAAACAUCUCAAUUAUUGAAUGGCUUUAUCACAAUGGUUGUUCAGUUUUAAAAAUCCUCUGAUUUCAACUGGACAGGUGACUGAAAAUAAUCUAUCAGUAAUUCAGUAUUUAUUUUUUGUCAUGUUGCCAAGGGGAUUAUUGUCACUUGACAUACCUCUAGUUUAAGCUAAUUUUCACCUGGUAAAAAACGUUAGUUGUAUAUUGCUGUUUUUAGUACUUGUUUAAACCGCUCUCUAGCACGGUUAAAUAAUGUCUGGCCAUGCCAUGAAUCACAAUGUCUAUAGGGGUUUUGAAAUGGUUAGUGUCUAGAAUAGAUUAAGUUAGAAUGCAAUAGAAUGAUCUAGUUAGAAUAGCUGUGGCUGACAGUGUUUGUAUACAAACUUUAUACUCUUACAAAUGAUUGAAUACCAAAUGUAAGGUAUGUAUUAAUGUGCCAUCCAUUGACAAUGCAUGGACUAUCAUACAUUUUAUGUACUAUGCAUAUCAAAUAGUUUUCAUAGCACAUUUUGUCACACGUAUAGAUGACCUUAAAAAGGCCAAGUAUACACUCUAUACAUUUCUACCAUGAACUAUAUUUGAAGCAAAUGGCACAUAUUUUGACACCUUGUAUGGUUUAUUUGCAAAUGUUUUCAGCAAUGAAAUGUUGUGGUAAAUAAAAUGAAUUUCCAUGAGUGAUCGAUUGUCAACCACUAAUAUUUUGUACGUGUUUAUUUUUUAUAUAUGAUGCAUUUGCUAUAUUAAAGCCAUAAAUGUUGUUUUGAUAAUGAACUUGUUGAUUAUGUAAAAUAAAUGAACUACUGGAGGGGA